CUUCAAUAAAUUUUGUAGCAUCCAACAAAAGUGUAGUGACCAAUGAGUUUGUAUAAAGAUAUAUUGGCAAGAUUUCCACGCGGUGCAAUUUCCUAUGUUUUUGCUUAUGGUUCUGGGGUCAAGCAGCAAGUCGGAUAUUCCGACGUGAACAAACAAAAGGAUAACAUUAUCGAUUUGGUGUUUUGCGUGCGUGAUCCACUGGGUUGGCAUGCGGAAAAUAUUAACCGACACGAAAGCCAUUACUCUUCUAUGCGACUUUUAGGGCCAAAAUGUAUAAUGAAGUAUCAGGAGAAUUUCGGAGCUGGUGUUUACUUUAAUACCCUAGUGCCACUUUCAGAUUUGGGAGUUCAAAUAAAGUACGGUGUUAUAUCAAAAGAACAAAUGCUGCAAGAUCUUCUAGAAUGGAAACAUUUAUAUAUGGCAGGACGUUUGCAUAAACCAGUGGAAGACAUUGUGCCACCAGAUGAUGACAAGCAAUUAAAAGAAGCGCUGGCUACAAACUUGCGAAAUGCCUUCCAAGUAGCCUUGCUCCUUCUGCCGGAAAAGUUUACAUCGUUCCAUUUGUUUCACACCAUCUCUAAUUUGAGCUAUAAAGGCGAUUUUCGAAUGAUUUUCGGCGAAAAUAAAAACAAGGUUGCGAAUAUUGUUCAGGCACAAGAAAACGAGUUCUUUGAACUCUAUGCACCGAUCAUGAAAGAUUUAGCAAAGUUUGUAGCGGUGGAUUUUGGAGCGAAGGAGAAGGGAUCCGAAAGAGUAGUUACUCAAUUUGAACAGGACAAGUCAUUAAAGGCUGUAGAAUAUCACCUGCGACAAGCCCCAGCGGAAUUGCGAAGGCGACUAAUACGUAAUGCGGUGUUUAAGGGUAGUUAUAUUGAUAUAAUUGGUCCCUUGGCUGCACUAAAAAAUUUGCAUGAGAUUGUACAGAUAUCGGUAAACGAUAUAGUCUGGCGCAGCAGCAUAACUCAGACAUUGAAAAAUAUACCUAGUGCCGGUGUGAUGAAAACAUUAGUUUAUGCCUCACGGAAAGCAAUGAAGACAUUUGCCAAAUAAGAAGAUAAUCCAUCCUGUCGACAUUGUUGUUGUUGAUGUUUUUAAUGAGAAUUAUAAGGGAUUGUUGCUAUAGUAUGUAUUUAUUAGUAGAGUAAAGACGAGCUUAAUUUUCAGUUAUCAAAGAAGUCAAUGCAUUUAUUAUUUAUCUGCACUUGUCUAAAAGUAAAUCUGACCAAGAGAUCUGGAUUUUUAUUGAGACAAAGUUCCAACUAGCCAUCGUUGCGCUAAUAAAGGAAUAUUUUAUAAAUUAUAUGGAAAUUAAAGUGAAGGUUCGAUAUGUUUCUUUUGUUAGAAUGUCGUUGUGGAGUCUUAGUAUGCUUAAAUAGUUAUGGCAUAAUGUAAUAAUUAAUGAAAACACUUGUAUAAAAGGGCCCCCUUAUAAAAACCGCAUUAAUUAUAAGAAGACUUAAGAUUAAAUUUCUAAGGAACAUCCAAAUUAUGUAACCUGUGUUUUGGCAAAUUCGGUGGUAAUAAAUUAAUAAAUUUUGGUUUUAAUGGCAAAAAUGUAUAUGGAUUAUGCGUUGCUCCAUAAAAAAAUUGUAAGGUUUAAAAAAAAAAUAAAAUUUCCCAAAGAGGGAAGUUCGGCACGCCGUUUAGACUCGGCUAUAAAAAUGUAGUUACUUAUCGUUGAGUUUAAAUAUCAUUAUAUUUAAGAAGUUUGGCCUGUUCCUCUUGAUAUGAUCAUGCGCAAAUUUGCAAUUAUUAGUUGUAAAAAGGCAGAAUGUAUGGCGAAACAAAGGGUUCUGUACCAUAUUAUUUUUAAGUCAACUCCUAAGAGGUACCAUAUGAUAAGCAAUACAUUUUACCAUCCCAUCUUUCUGAAUAUAAAUACGCAAUAAUAUUUUGCUAAGUCUAAUUCAACACUUUCUUUUCGAGGAAGGCUUACAAUGUUAAACACUAAAUAUAGUAUAAACUGACACACGAACCGUUGUCUCAUUUCUUAAUGUUAAAAUUCUUAAUAUAUGCUUGUCUUUUUUCAUAUAUUUAACUUGGCAAAUAAGACGCCAAAACAAUAAGUGGGUCCAGUAUUUAGCUAUGCAUUUGAGGCUAACAACCAUAUCUCAAUUGAAAGAGACAAGUACAACGAAAUACUAAAAAUGCAUGCAUCUACUACUGUGCUACAGAAAUCUAUGCUAUGACUACAACUUGAAAACAAAAUUAUCUUGUAGCCAACUAAAUAUAUUUUAGAAAAUGUAUGCAUAUGUACAUAUUGUAGAUUUACUUGAAUUUAAUAAAAACGAGACGUAUUCCCAAUGCUUGA